AUAAUCAUUUUGACAGUUCAGUAAGGUAAGAAAAAAAGUACAAGUACAAAAAGUACAAGAAAACCAACAAACUCAAACUCGUAUCUCCGCAGUAUUUCCUACGGUCGUGGCGAGCACUUGAACGCAGCAGGAGCGUCACCACGUCACUGUUUUCCAACAUGGCGGCGCCCCUGCCCGGUAGGUGUGGAUUCUUCGUGGAGAAAAAGAAACGCUUCUGUAAGAUGAUCGUGGCGCGAGGAAAUGUGUUCUGCGGAGAGCACGCGACUCAGGAGGAGGGCAGCUGCAGGAGGAUCGUUUGUCCUCUGGACCCCAAACACACCGUGAGUGAAGACAAGCUGGAAAAACACCUGAAGAAAUGUAACUCCAGAGAGAAGCCCAAGCCCGUUUACUAUGUGAAGAACAUAAACGCUGGACCAGCUGACGGAGACGAGACGCUCCGACAGGUGAGUCUGUGUGAUCUCAGCCGGACUCAGCUACAGUCUCUGUUGGACAAACUGAAGACAGCCGCCACAGGACUGCAGUGCGACAUUGAGGACGGUUUUCUGUCUCAUCCGGUCGUUCAGGAGGAACUGGACGACCCAAAGAAUGGAGACUCCGCCAACAAACACCUGAAGCAGCAGUCCUCUCUGUUAGGUCACAUGGAGGCGCUGGGGCUGCUGGGUAGGGGGCGGAGCUUCGUGGAGUUCGGAGCAGGUCGAGGGAAACUUUCCCACUGGAUCCACGAAGCCCUGAGGAGACGAGACCCCCUGAAGACAGGCGAGGAACAGAAGACCAGCGAGGAUCUGAAGGACCUGCAGUUCCUGCUGGUGGAGCGCAGCAGCACGCGGUUCAAGGUGGACGGGAAACAUCAGGAGGCUGGAGUUCAGUUCCAGAGGCUGCAGGUCGACAUCCAGCAUCUGGACUUAAGUAAAGUGGCGCCGCUCACCGACAGGAAGCUGCCUCUGGUCGCCGUGGGGAAACACCUGUGUGGAGCCGCGACAGAUCUGGCUCUCCGCUGUCUGCUCGACACACCGGGUACAAGAGAGGAGAGCGGACCGCCACCGAAACGCCUCAAAACAACAGAAGAAGAGGAUUCAGCAGACCCUGAUCUAGUUCCUGGUCCUGGUCCUGGUCCUGGUCCAGUUCUGGGCGUUGCCGUGGCGUUGUGCUGUCACAACCGCUGUGAGUGGCGUCACUACGUCGGGAAAGAGUUCUUCCUGCAGCGAGGAAUCGGAGCCGAAGAGUUCUCAGCGUUCUGCAGGAUGUCGAGCUGGGCCACGUGUGGAAUGAGACCGACCAAUCAGGACGCUCCAUCUCAAGAUCCGGCCAAUCAGAGAGGAGAGGAGGAAGAGCACGAACCGGCGGAGGAGAGGGACUCUGUGAGCGGGUUUCUAUCGGUGGAGGAGAGAGAGCAGGUCGGGCGUCUCUGCAAACAGCUGAUCGACGCCGGAAGAAUCCACUUCCUGCAGGAGAGAGGAUUCAACAGCAAACUGACUCGAUACGUUAGCAGUCAGGUGACUCUGGAGAACGUGCUGCUGACCGCUGUCCCCUGAACGCCUCACUGCAGAGAGACGUCCUGCUGACCGCUGUCCCCUGAACGCCUCACUGUAGAGACGUCCUGCUGACUGCUGUCCCCUGAACGCCUCACUGUAGAGAGACGUCCUGCUGACUGCUGUCCCCUGAACGCCUCACUGUAGAGACGUCCUGCUGACCGCUGUCCCCUGAACGCCUCACUGUAGAGACUCCUGAACGCCUCACUGUGGAGACACUAUCAGGGUUUUUAUUUACAGUUUAAAUGAAAAUAUGUUUUCAAACGUUUUUUAAGUUUUUAUUAAAGAGUUUUUACU